AUGGCUUAUUGUCUCUCUCGUGUCCUCUUCUUUGCUUUAGUUUUGAUAUGUUCGUCGGAGGAAAGUUAUUCAUUCUCUUUCGGAUGGCGGUCGCCCACUUCUUCCUCCGAUGAAACCAAUACCAAAACUAAUAAUGAUCAUAUGAGUUAUAAAAAAUCUGAUUCACCGAGUGGGGUUGCAUUAUUCUCAAUGGAACCUCUGAAUGAACCCAACGGAAUUAAGUUGGUCGAAGAUGCAAAACAGUAUCUAGACAGUCCGAAUUCUUGUUGGCGAAAUGCUUAUAGGAGUCUUUUUGCUACAUGCCCUGCAAUCCUCUCGGACAACGAGAAGAAAUCUAGACUUGCAUGGGAGUUAAGUGAUUGUUUUCAAACGGGUUCUGGUCGUCCUUUUCCUAAGUGUAAUUCUCGCGCUAAGAUGCAGACAUGUUGCAAGAAAUUGGACGAUUCAGCGCAUAAAAUAUACCAUGGAUAUUAUCUUAAAACAGAUUCGAUAUGUCAUCAAUUACAGGCGGACGCAUUUAAGUAUGAAACAGAAAGACUUGUGAAUGGCUUGAAGAAAUCUGCAGAAUUGGCAGAGGAAAAAUUAGAAAACAUCCAAGACAAAUCUGAAACUCUUGUGCAAAAAUCAGAUGAAAUUUAUAAGUCGAUAACAUCCUUAGAUCGACAAACACAACUAGUAGCCGAGACUACAAAAACAGUUCAAAACCAGAUGGAUGUUCAAUUAAAACAUUCGAACAUUGUUUUGGAAAAAUCAAAGGAAAUUGUAGCAUCUCAAUUAAAUUUACUAGAAGGACAGUCAGAUAUGAGAACAGUGAUGGCAAUGCUUCAUGAAUCUCAUGAGAACUUAAGCCAUAAUGUUGACAAACUAAAAAAUGAGGCUGUAGAAAUAGGAAAAGAAAUUAAUCAAGUUAGCAAUUCAAUGUCCACAAAAAUGGAAAAUCUUCAAAACAAAGCUGAUGAUGUUGGAAAUGCCGUAGAGAUUUCUUUAGAUAAACAAAAACAACUUCUAGACGGACAGUCUACGGCACUUGAGCGGCUUAAAUUCCAAUCUCAAGCGCUGAAAGAAAGCGGGGCUACUUUGCAAACACUAGCUGAUUUUAGUCGUCACCAGCAAGAACAACUCUUGAAAGGCCAAGAACAACUUCGACUUGCUCAGGAUCAAAUAGUCGAAGAAUCAAAAUCCAUAUUGGCAGCUCAGGAAGCAUUCAGCGCGAAACAGGCUAACAUGCUUUUGGAGCUGGACAGACACUUUACCUUGAUUAACCGUAUUUUGCUUGAUACAGGUUUAAUAAAAGCUUGUCUGUUUUACCCAUUUGUGCUCUUUCUACUCAGCGUGCUAACCAGCUUUAAGCGAACGUAUCACAUGAGGGGUUGGCUUUUACUAGGACUAGCAGUUACAUUCUUCGUUGAAAUCAGCUCCAGAAUGUAUUGGUACGGGUUAGAUCUAGAUAAACAAGUGACGAUGGGUAAAAAUUCUUUUUCUUUCUGA